UCUCGGCUUGUUGUAGUUAGGUCACACACCGAAACAAAUCGUUCGUAAUUUUCAUUUAUUUUGCUCCGCUUUCCUCGCUGUUUUCACACCCACGGCUCGCGAAAAACCCCCUGGAAUCGUUUGCCAAACAUUGGCAAACAUAUUGUGUGCGUUCGCGGGCAUAAAUCACGCGAAUCGGGCCAUUCUUUUAGCCUCGAAAUAAAAGACGACGUCAGUGGGCGACGCGACUGGCGUCAGGUGAAAAAAAAACGGGGAAACGAAGAAAAACUGAUAAUUGGAAAUUGAAAAAUUGGAAUUGAACGGGUGCAGCGAAAUUAAACGGAAUUUGCAACUGUGAAAACGCUCGAAAGCGUGGAGAGUUGCAUUUGAAAAAAGCAUGAGCACAACCGCCGCCAGUCUCAUCGAGGCGGCUCUAAAUGCCAGCGUUGGUAACAACGCCACCACAGCUACGACUUCGGGAUCGCUAGAGGCCUCGACAGGGAAGACCAACUACGUGGUGGUGAACAAGAUGAGCACGCCGCUGGAUCCCCUGCUCCAUGUGGGCGAUGGCAUCUUCCUGCAGACAAAGACCGCCCAGGUGCUGGCCGGUGUUUGUGUUUGGGCCGCCUUGUUUAUCACCUGUCAACAGAUCUACCAGCACCUGCGCUGGUACACGAAUCCCCAGGAGCAGCGCUGGAUCGUGCGCAUCCUGUUCAUCGUGCCCAUCUACGCCACCUACUCCUGGAUCAGUCUGCUCUUCUUCAACUCGGAUAAUGUUUAUAUUUACUUCUUCACGGUGCGCGAUUGCUACGAAGCCUUUGUAAUCUACAACUUCUUGUCGCUGUGCUACGAGUACCUGGGCGGCGAGGGCAACAUCAUGUCGGAGAUUCGCGGCAAGCCCAUCAAGACGUCGUGUUUGUACGGCACCUGCUGCCUGAAGGGCAAGACCUACACGAUUGGCUUCCUGCGCUUCUGCAAGCAGGCCACUCUGCAGUUCUGCCUGGUCAAGCCGCUGGUGGCCUUCAUCAUCAUCUUUCUGCAGGCCUUUGGGCACUACCACGAUGGUGAUUGGAGCGCUGAUGGCGGUUACAUUUACAUCACCAUUAUCUACAACAUUUCCGUGUCGCUGGCGUUAUAUGGUCUCUAUCUGUUCUACUUUGCCACCCGUGAUCUGUUGACUCCAUUCGAACCGGUUCUGAAGUUCUGCACCAUCAAGUCGGUCAUCUUCUUGUCCUUCUGGCAGGGCGUGGGUCUGGCCAUCCUGGAGAAGGCCAACGUUAUCUCGCCCAUUGUGGACAGUGCGGGCACUGUCACCGUGGAACCCGGUACUGUCUCCGCCGGCUACCAGAACUUCUUCAUCUGCAUCGAAAUGCUGUUCGCCGCCAUCGCACUGCGCUAUGCAUUCCCCUAUCAGGUCUAUGCACGCAGCUGCAUCAGCGAUGGACACGGACGAUCUGUCACCAUGCAGUCUAUUUCCAGCAGUCUUAAGGAAACGAUGAAUCCCAAGGAUAUUAUGACAGAUGCUAUUCACAACUUCCAUCCGCAGUACCAGCAGUACACUCAGUACAGCUCAGGUGGCAAGAACUCGCGCGGCAUUCGCGUCUCCAGCUACGAUCCCGAUGACCCGAGCUCGGGAGCAGGAAAUGGAACCAUGCAGGCAUCACAGCCCACAAGCGGGGGAUACAAUGCGGUGGCCACUGGACCAGGAAACGGAGGCAACGGCGGCAGCAACUGCAUGGCCUCCAAGACGCUGGGCAACCAGCGGAAGUUCCAGCCCGGCGGUCAGCGAGUGGCGACCAUCAGCCAGAACUACAACGAGAAGACCAUGCUGCUGAGCAGCGAUGAUGAGUACCAGUAGAGCGGCGGAGGAUGGUUGACCAUUCCAUCUAAUUGUUAACAAACUUCAGUCUUUCGUUUGGAUCCGAAUUUGCUGAUUCUGUCGCUUGUACAAUAAUCUUAAGUAGCCGAGCAGCAUAUAGAGCAGCAUUACAACCUAU